AUGUCGAACUACCAGCAGCUGCAGCACACCUCGGCUGGGCUGACGAUCAACGAGAACGCAGACCCGGACGUGCGCACAGACAUGGAGACCUUUCUGAACCUUGUCGUCCCCGAGGGCCCCAAGGCGCCCUGGGUGCACACUGCAGAAGGCGAUGAUGACAUGCCAGCGCACGCCAAGUCCUCCAUGCUGGGCUGCUCACUAGACAUUCCCAUCACCCAAGGACGCCUCAACCUCGGCACCUGGCAGGGGAUAUGGCUGUGUGAGCACCGGGACAGGGCAUCAUCCCGACGGGUUGUGGUCACAUGCCAUGGCCAGCUGCGAUAG